AUGGCGCUGAUUAUGGAUGCUAGCGUUAUUCGAGACCUGACAGCGAGGAGUCCUCCUCGCCAGGACUCGGCGUCAGGAGCCCCACCCUUCUCCCAUUCCCGGCUCCGCGGCUAUGCCGGUCGAAUGGAAGGCAUGCUAGAGCCCAAGGUUCUUCUGGGCAGCUCCAUCGCCCUCACUGCAGCGGGCCUAGCGGACCCACUGCUCCCCCUCGCCGGCGGCAGUAGCAACAGCCACAGCAACAGCCCGCGGACCCUGGCGCCCGUGCAACCGCCAACCCACGCAAUCCCACACACUGAACAGCAGCAGCUAGCCGGGGCCGCGGGUGCAGCCGGGGCCUUACGGAGGCAUAGCGGCGGGGAUGCUGACGGCGGGGAGCUACAGCCGCAAUCGCCACAGGCGUCACAGCAGCAGCAGCAGCUUGGGGGGGGCCAUCACGCGCGUUUCGCGCCGGCGCCGUCGGCGGUUUACUCCGCGCCUGGGUCGACGGGGAGUAGCUCCAUUGGCGGAGGUGGAGGCGGAGGCUUGCACCCGUCAUCGCGAUUCGUCCCGCCAGGGCAGCUGUCGCCGGUGCCUGCAGCAGCAGCGUCGCCGCUGCCAGCAACGGCGGCGGCGUCAUCUGCCGCCGCCGCCGCCAACCCUGACGACCUGGCGGCGGCACUGUCCCAGAUUCAGGCACUCAAAGCGGAGAUCGCGGGUGUGGAGACCGUGCUAGGCUAUCUGAAGGGCUCCGAAAUCGCCACCACGACGAUGGGGCGUAAGGCCCAUAAAUUGCCCUCCCAGGAGCAGCUCCGCGCAAGGGCCGAAGCGCUAACAGCCAGUCGAGCGUCGGCGCGCUUCGCCGGCGCCGCCGCCGCCAGCACUAUCACGGCGACCUCCACCGAUUCGUUGUUGUUGACAUCACCGCCGCCACGAGGCGGCAUUCAUGCCGGCGGUGGCGGCGGCGGCGGCGGCAGCGCUGCCGGCACACCGGCACGGGCGCGGUCCGCCGGCGACGCGCCCGCUAAGGGGCCCAGCGGUACGACAGCGGUGUUUGAUACGCUGGCGGCGGAGACGAAGCUGGGUCGUACAUGGCGGGUACCGCGGGGGCCACAGCCCAUGGGUCGGGGGGAGGCUGUCGUCUUGGAGGCGGCGUUGGACGAGGCGCUGCCGGCGGGGGCCAUUACAGCAAAGUACGGCAGCGGCGCCACCGUGGAACUGUCGUUCUGGAGCGGCGGCGAUGUACGGCAGGACUUUGAGAUGCUAGAAAUGGUGCAGCGGGAGGUGGCACGGCAGGUCAGCGCGUCAUGUGUGGAGCGGGGCCGUAUCGUUGAGAAGCUGGCGGAUCGGUUCUCGGAGAUUUUCGUGGCGGUGGUAGCCGCUGCCAGGACGGCUGCGGAGGCGCAACGAAGGCUGACAGGGGAGCUGACGACCAUACGGGCCAGAGCAGGGGAACAGGCCGCCGAGAUUGCCACUCUUCGCUCGGGCCUAGCUGCCCGCGGUGCGGAAGCUGAAGACCUCCGGGAGCAGCUUCUGGAGGCCACCACCGCACACGAGCAUUACGUGUGGGACACGGAACAGGAGCUGGAGCAACUCCAAGGGCAGGCGGAUAUCCUGGCUGCUGAGGUGGAGCACUUGCAUGUACGGUUGAGCGAGGCGGUGGCCGAGAAGGACGCGGCGCUGUCCCGGGGCCUGGAGCGCGUGGAGGGCGACUUGGCGGCGGUUACUGACGAGCGAGAUGACCUGGCGCAGAGGAUACGGUUCCUUGAGCGGCAGCUGCACAAGCUGCGUACGGAAAUGAGCUCCCACGUGGACAGCACCUCAGCCGAGGUGCAGACUGACCCCGUGGAGUGGGGGCCGCAGGAGCAGGAGGACGUGCCGGACGACUGCAGCGACACCCCCUCCCUGGCGGAGAUCAGAGCCCGCUACACGGCACACGGCUAUGGCGCCCUGACGCCGGAGGAGCGCCUGCGGCUGGGUCUGCCGCCCCACAUGGGCUCCGAAACCAACAAGGAACACAAGGGCCGCAAGCGCAGGAGGGCGCUGGGACACUUCGAGGGCCUUAUUUCCAGCGACAAGCCCGGCCGGGUGCGGGGCCUUCCCUGGACCAUGAACGUCAUUUCCGCCAUCUAUUACGACAAGCUGCAAGCAGACUCUGUGAGCGACCGCGAAUGCAAUCCACGUCAGCGUCUGGCGGAGUUUGCCGUGGACUGGCACAUGACGCGGUUUGGGCUCCGAAACCUCGCGGAGCUGCACCUGCUGGAUCUCAUCGCCAGUGUACGACAACACUACAAGACGUCCGUACGCGUGCGCUGGUUCGGGCAGUUCACAGGUCUUGUGGAGGUGGGAGACAGCGUGGAUACCACCCCGCACGUGUCCUUCUACCUCACAGUGCUGUCGCAGCUGGCUGCGCCCAACUCCCUCGUCUCACUCUUCCCCGACACUGGCGGGGAGGAGGGCGGCGGCACACCCCCCGUCGCCAUUAAAGCAGCCGGCCUGCCAGAAGCCACGCGUGCCGUGUUCCGGUACCUGGGCGAGCCGGAGGGUGCCGUACCGUUCCUUGCUCGAUCCGUGGAUCCGAUUACGGAUCCGAUAUCGCAGCUGGUUCCGUUGGAUCCAUUGGUGGCGCUGUUCAUGGCAGAGUAUCAGAAGAGGUGGGAGCGCAACGCGGCUCAUUUGCGGGCGCUCUUCCGCGCCGGUGAUUACGAUGACGACGGCCUUAUUGGAUACGACGAAUUCGCCGGCAUUAUACGACAGAUGUUACCUGACGCGGCGGCGGCGGACCGGCUGGCGCCCAAGAUUUACGGCGAUGCGAUGCGGCGGCUGCCGGACGGGCAGUCGAUGCUCGAUGCGGAUACAUUUUUGGCCGCCGCUCGAGCUUUUGGCUGGGAUCGCUGGCGCGUUGAGGUCGGCCCCGCCGGCCCCAUCGCCUCAUACCCCUCCGGAAUUAGCGCGAAGUCCUCCGCGCCGCCAGCGAACUGGGCAGUAGCUGCUGCCACAACGUCCCCGGCGGUGGCGGCGGCGGCGCCGCCGCCGCCGGCGGUGUCUGCAUCGCCCUCCACGGCCAGCGUCCUGCCUGUAGGCGGCGCCGCCGGUGCGGCGGCGGCGACGGCGACUGGGUCGAGGCCCAGCUCCGGAGCCAUAACGCGGAGCGAGAGCGCCAUGGCGCGUACCGCGCUAGGUGCGGCGUCGAUGAAAGCAAUGGCGGUGGCGGCAGCGGCGGUGGUGGUGGCGCCGCCGGCGCCACCAAUGGCGCCGUUGGCGCCGUCGUACAGCCGUGCGAUUUCCAAUCUGCGACGGGAGGAGAGCGUGGUGGGCCUCACCGAAUCAGACAGGGCCCUUUUGCGCGUCCUGGACGGCGCACUGGAGGGGUUAGAUCCCCCCCUGGACGAUCAGGUUUCGGCGCUGCUGGACAAACUGCGUGGUGCCGUGGCGGCCGCGCAGCAGCAGGCGGCGGUGGCGGCGGCGGCGGCGGCUGCCGUACCAGGUCUGGAAAUGAUGCCGUCCACGAAGGAAUUGACGUCGGCCAUUGCCGCCGACAGCGUGCUGUUAUCAAAGCUGGAGGCCCAAUACACGCACUUCCGUACAGUGUACGGCGAACGCACGGACCCGGCGGCGGCGUGGCUGGCGUUCCGGUUGCUCAUGGCAUCGCUGGCGGCGGCGACGGCGGGCUCCCGCGCCCGCCUCUCCCGCUCUCGUCCCGGGAGCGCCAAGGGGACCGUGGCCUGGGGGUUGCCACGCAGCGUCAUGAGGCUCACCGUGCCGCCACUGCCCUUCCGUGCCGGGAGCUCCUCCCGCGCGCUCAACAGCGGUGGCGGCUCUGGGGUCAGCCGCCGCAACACCCCCCAAUCGGCUCUGGGGUACAGCCUAGGCGCCGGGCUGGGGGCCGCAGCGGCCGGGGGCUCAGGGGCCGGGGGCUCGGCGGCGGCGUUGGCUGGGGUGGGGUCGUUGCCGCAGGUCCCCAGCGGGGUCAGCGGGAGCAGCAGUUUCUACGGGGGUGGCAGCCUCGGAGGCGGCGGCGGCGAGGGUAGUGUGGCCAGCGGCGUGGGAUUGGCGGCGCCGUCGCCGCUGUCUCGAAGUGCCAGUCGUUCGCCGAUGGGGCUGGCGAGGUCGACGGAUGCGCCGCCAGGCCGACCCAUGGGUCUAGUGCAGGUCAUCCAGGGCGGCAACAGCUUCUCCGACCGCCACCACUCCCCGAGCCCCCUCGUCGUACCCUCCCCAACCACCUCCGUACAGCUACACCGCAUGCCCCUGCCCACCACUCUGUCCGCACGAGGCGGGGGCCCCGGCACCCCCACGGCCGCCGCCGGUGGUGGUGGUGGUGCUCCGGGGGGAGCCAGCACCCCCACGAAACGGGGGGUGGUGUUCUCGUUCGGAAGCGCACCACCGACUGCAGUGCCGCAGCCCGCUGCCGCCGCCGCCGCCGUCGCCGCCGCCUCUGUCUCUUCUGACGGCCUUUCCUCGCGAACACCAUGGCUGGAGCGGAGGGGGCAGCAGCAGCAGGAGCCGCCGCCGCCGCCGCAGGAGGAGGAGGAGGAGGAGGAGGGAGAGGCACCACAGGAGAGGGCAGCGGCGGCAGAGGUGCAAGGCGGCGGCGACGGCGGCGGCGGCGGAGGAAUUCCGGUGGGGAGUGAGGAGGCAGCGGUGGCGCCUCCGGGGCCCCCUCCACCGCCGCCCGCAGGCGCUAUUUCUGCCCCCGAGUCGUGA